AUGGGUUUGAACAAACUCGGAACUGCGAUCACGGUGAUCACCGCCAUCACUCUGGCGGCCCUCGCCGCCGAGAUAAUCUACGUGGUGUGGCGGCGCCGUCAGAUGCUCCGUCCGCGCGUGCGCGUGGAGCCUCAGGAAGCUUCUCUUCAGAGCUCAUCGUCUUCUACGGAGGAAAGAGAGCGUGAACUUGAGCUUGAGCUUGAGCAACAGGUUAUGAAGUUGCAAUGCCUCUAUGGUCCCUCGAGGGUGCUUUUCACGAUCAAGGAGGAAGAGAGAGAGGGAUUAGACUCCGAAAACGGUUCCUCCGCUGAGUGCAGCGCUGUUAAGAACCCCACGGCGGUGAAAACGUCGUCUUCGUUUAGUGAAGCAAUGGCGGUGGACGAGGUUGCUGUAUCUGUGGAGGAGUUGUUGGUGUUGAAGGAAACGACGCCGUUCUCAACUCCGUGCGCUUCACCUCCGUACUACACACCGAACUCUUCACCAACUCGCGAGGCGUUUAAGGAUAACAACGUUGGUAAUGGAUGA